GUCUUCAUCCAAGCUUAGAGCUCAGUGAUCCUCCUGUUUCCUUCUUCUGCAGCUCCAGGGUUAAGAAUGUUGGCUCAAUUAAAAAACAUCAGGGAGAUAAAUUCAACCCAGUGCUUUUAAAAAUGACUACAAAACGAAGUUUGUUUGUGCGGUUGGUGCCAUGUCGCUGUCUACGAGGAGAAGAAGAGACGGUCACUACUCUAGAUUAUUCUCAUUGCAGCUUGGAACAAGUUCCCAAAGAGAUUUUUACCUUUGAAAAAACUUUGGAGGAGCUCUAUUUAGAUGCUAAUCAGAUUGAAGAGCUUCCCAAGCAACUUUUUAACUGUCAGUCUCUACAUAAACUAAGUUUGCCGGACAAUGAUUUAACAACAUUACCAGCAUCCAUUGCAAACCUUAUUAACCUCAGGGAACUGGAUGUCAGCAAAAACGGAAUCCAAGAAUUUCCAGAAAAUAUUAAAAAUUGUAAAGUUUUGACAGUUGUGGAGGCCAGUGUAAACCCUAUUUCUAAGCUUCCUGAUGGGUUUUCUCAACUGCUAAACCUGACCCAAUUAUAUCUGAAUGAUGCUUUCCUCGAAUUCUUACCAGCUAAUUUUGGCAGAUUAACUAAACUCCAGAUACUAGAACUUAGAGAAAAUCAGUUGAAAAUGUUGCCUAAAACCAUGAAUAGACUGACCCAGCUGGAAAGACUGGAUCUGGGCAGUAAUGAGUUCACAGAAGUGACUGAAAGAAGUAACAACUUCAAGGAGACAUUCAAACCUUUAGCUCCAAUGGCCAGUGCCCAAAAGCAGGUUUACCUGAAUACCAAGGUUCACAGAAAUAUAAGGGGUGGAUUGAAAGAGUUUUGGAUGGAUGGUAAUAGACUGACUUUUAUUCCAGGGUUUAUUGGUAGUUUGAGACAGCUGACAUAUUUGGAUGUUUCUAAAAAUAAUAUUGAAAUGGUUGAAGAAGGAAUUUCAACAUGUGAGAACCUCCAAGACCUCCUCUUAUCAAGUAACUCCCUUCAGCAGCUGCCUGAGACCAUUGGUUCAUUGAAAAAUGUCACAACUCUUAAAAUAGAUGAAAACCAGUUAAUGUAUCUACCAGACUCAAUAGGAGGUCUCAGGUCUAUAGAAGAACUGGGAUUGCAGUUCAAUGAAAUUGAAGCUUUGCCAUUCAUUGGACAGCUCACAAACAUAAGAACAGUUGCUGCAGAUCACAAUUACUUACAACAGUUACCCCCAGAGAGAUUCAUUCAUACAGCUUGGGCCACAAAAGCCAAAUUACAGAGCAGAUUGAUUGCUCUAGAUUCCCAGACUGGAGUAGUGAUUGCUGGAGUGGAAAGACUAAGAAGAGGAGAAACAAGGAAAGAUGUAUCUUUAGAGAUCUCAUUUCAAGGUGUCACAGAAGCAGAGGAAGAGGUUGGGGACCUGGGUGUUACCCUUAGAGUUAUGUUCAUAUCAGAUAAUGAAAGUUUUAAUCCUGCACUGUGGGAAGAACAGAGGAAACAACGGGCUCAAGUGGCAUUUGAAUGUGAUGAAGACAAAGAUGAAAGAGAGGCACCCCCCAGGGAGGGAAACUUAAAGAGAUAUCCAACACCAUACCCAGAUGAGCUUAAGAAUAUGGUCAAGACUGUUCAAACCAUUGUGCAUAGAUUAAAAGAUGAAGAGACUAAUGAGGAGUCUGGGAGAGAUAUGAAACAUGAAGAUCAGCAAGUUUUCAAUAAGGAUAUGGGUGUGAAGACUUCAGAAAGUACUACAAUGAAAAGCAAACUUGAUGAAAGAGAAAAGUAUAUAAAUUCUGUACAGAAGAUGAGUGAACCUGAAGCUGAGAACAGUCCUGGAAAUUUACCAGUGACUGCAAAUAGGAAAGUGUCUGGGAACCUGAAGCAUAUUAACCAUGAUGAUGUUUUUGAGGAAUCUGAAGACCUUUCUUCUGAUGAAGAAAUGAAAAUGGCGGAGAUGCGGCCCCCAUUAAUUGAAACCUCGAUUAACCAGCCCAAAGUUGUAGCACUUAGUAAUAACAAAAAAGAUGAUGCAAAGGAUACAGAUUCUUUGUCAGAUGAAGUCACACACAAUAGCAAUCAGAACAACAGCAAUUGUUCUUCUCCUUCUCGGAUGUCUGACUCCGUUUCUCUUAACACUGACAGUAGUCAAGACAACUCACUCUGUUCUCCAGUGAAACAAAUUCCUACUGCUAGUAACUCCAAAAUAAGGCAAGAAAGAUGAAAAUUUAACAGCCUUUUACAAAAUGGAGAUAUUUUAAAACAAUUCACCAGAAGAAAAAUUGCAAAAGUUAAUGAUAAAAAGGAUUUUGGUGCACCUGAGUAUGAUUUGAAUAUUGAAGAAAGAUUAGUUCUGAUUGAAAAGAUGACUCAAAAAUCCACAUCUGAUGAAUCUCACCAGUUAGACCGUAUCAACAUGAAUCUUAAUAAACUUGUGACAAAUGAUACGCGCCAGCCAGAAUCACAGAAGAGAUCAAAGGCACAAGAUACAGUGCUCGGGAACGCUUUUUUAAGUGUUCAUCCUAAAAGUGAAGCUCAACAUACAGAAAAUGGAAAUAAGUAUAGCCCGAAUUGGAAUGCCAUAAAUAAGAUAAACGGUCGUCCUGAGGAAGUCCCACAGUCCUCUGGUAGGAUAGAACCCCAGAAUGGUUCUACUUUCUUCUGCUGACAUGGUGUUUCUAAAAGCACUGAAGAUCUCUUCCCUCAAAGAAGUGGUCGUGGGUCUGUCGGAAGUCUUCAUAGUAUAACUAACCUGGAGACUGGAGGCUUAAAAAGAUCUAUGACAUUCUUAGGUGAUGAUGAUCCUCAGCCACCAUGCAAGUCAGUUAAAAUGACAUCCUCCGUGGAUGGGGAGAACAUAGUCAGGAGUAGUCUGCCUACACAUGUCUCUAGACCAGCCACUGCGGUCUUCACUGCUUCUUCCUCGUCUUCUGAUUUAAUGUCAGGUACAAGGCCAUUUUCAGUUGUGAUUCAAAAUCAAUACCCGGAAGAUCCAAAUCAUAUAAGAGGCCCCAUAGUAACUGGUCCACAGUCUACGCCUCAACUUUAUGGUCCUCCGCAGUAUAACGUCCAGUACAGUGGCACUGCUGCAGUCAAAGAGACCUUGUGGCACCCUAAACAAAGUUCACAACUAGAUCCUGUCAGUUUCUCUCAGCGCCUUCCUAGAUCAGAGAGUGCCGAAAAUCACAGUUACACAAAGCAUUCUGCCAAUAUGAAUUUCUCUAACCAUAACAACGUCAGGAGCCACUACUGCAUACCAUUUACACAGAGACUUGCUCCAGAACAUGGAGAAAUGUGGGCUGUCUCCCCAAAUGACCGGCUAAUUCCAGCAGGAGCUCGGACCGCAGUUCAGCGACAGAGUAGUGUGUCUUCAACAGCUUCUGUGAAUCUUGGUGAUCCUGCUCUCACAAGGCGUGCUCCAAUUUCUGAAGGAGAUUAUUUGUCAUACAGAGACUUACAUUCAGUGGGUAGAACGCCAGUGAUGUCAGGAUCACAGAGACCACUUUCUGCACGAGCAUACAGCAUUGAUGGCCCAAAUGCUUCAAGGCCUCAGAGUGCCCGCCCCUCUAUUAAUGAGAUACCAGAGAGAACUAUGUCAGUUAGUGAUUUCACUUACUCACGGACUAGUCCUUCAAAAAGACCAAAUGCAAGGGUUGGUUCUGAACUCUUAUUAGAUCCUCCAGGAAAAAGUAAAGUUCCUCAUGACUGGCGAGAACAAGUUCUUCGACACAUUGAGGCCAAAAAGUUAGAAAAGAGUAUGCUGUCAAGGUCCUUUAAUUCCACUCUUACUGCUGUAAGCAGCUCUCACUAUGGCAGCUCUAGGGAUCUGCAUGGCAGCCAGGGCAGCCUUGCCCUGAGUGUUGCAGACGGAAGAGGUUCUGGUGGGCACAUAUUUCGACAUCCUCAGACAUCCAGUCCAGGAGAUUCUUGCCAAGAUGAUAGAUUGAUUUCAGGAGAGCAGAGCUACUCGUCAGGUGCCCUUAGUCACAAAGACCUUCCAGACAGCCUGAUGAAAAUGCCUUUGAGUAAUGGACAGAUGGGCCAGCCUCUCAGGCCUCAGGCAAAUUAUAGUCAAAUCCAUCAUCCCCCUCAGGCUUCUGUGGCAAGGCAUCCCUCUAGAGAACAACUCAUUGAUUAUUUGAUGCUGAAAGUGGCCCACCAGCCUCCAUAUACACAUCCCCAUUGUUCUCCUAGACAAGGCCAUGAGCUGGCAAAGCAAGAGAUUCGAGUAAGAGUAGAAAAGGAUCCAGAACUUGGAUUUAGCAUAUCAGGAGGUGUUGGGGGUAGAGGAAACCCUUUCAGACCUGAUGAUGACGGUAUAUUUGUAACAAGGGUACAGCCUGAAGGACCAGCAUCAAAAAUACUACAGCCAGGUGAUAAAAUUAUUCAGGCUAAUGGCUACAGUUUUAUCAACAUUGAACAUGGACAAGCAGUGUCCUUGUUAAAAACUUUCCAGAACACAGUAGAACUCAUCAUUGUACGAGAAGUUUCUUCAUAAGCACUAUAGACAAAAAAAAAAAAAAAGAAGGAAAAAAAGGAAAAAGAAAAAAAAUGGGGAAGAUAGCAAGAUUUAUUGGAAGACACUUGGAGGGGAAAUGACUAUUUUGCUUAUUUUUAUAUAUAAAGAACUCAGACAUCACUGAGAUGGUAAUGGAGCUCGUGGUCAGAGGGAAAGAGCCACUGUGCAGAAGACAGAAAGAGACCGUCGAGUUCAUAGCACGUGAAAUUUGUUGUUAGGGUUUAAACUUAGCAAUUGAGGCUACAAAAACAAAAUUAUGUUGUUUUUGUAUAGAAUGUAGGUUUAUUUUUGGAUUUCAUACACAUGACUGACUAUAUGCAAGGCAAUAGUUAGCCUUGAUUGUAGCCCAGAGACAGAUGGCAGAGCUAUCUAUCUCAUAGCUUUUGUGCCCUUAUUUUUAUCCAACUGGUAUUAAUGUUUUUUCUGCCGAACUACUUUUUUCCAUGUGGGUAGGAGAUUUGAAGUGUUGGCUUUUGCUAUGUGCAUACUGAGGAGUAACUAGAUGAAGUUGGUGCUGGUGGGUUCACUUUCCGAGGCCAGAAUAAAACAUUAUUUCCUAUAAAAAUCUGAGGCUAACAGUGAAAAAAGUUAUCUGAUAAUGUAUUUUUAUUAAUAGAAUAAUGCAAUAAAAUACAUAAUGUCUUUUUAAAAGACAAUAAUUGCAUUUUAUGAGCUCUACAAGAUCGAUUCUUGUCAUAGCUGUUGAUUAUACAUUUGCUACUGGUGAUUCAAUUUUUAAUUUUUUUAGUUACUGAAGUUUUUAACUCUAAUGUAGAUGCAUGUCCACACAUUUCCCAUACUGCGAAGUUCUAUGAUAUUUUUUUCCUUAGCAAAUGGUGGUACUUGCAAUCUAAUUUUUAUAAUUAGUACUCCAUAAUUAAUUUAUAAUUUUUGUUUUAAGAAGCAAAUUAAACUAAACGGCCAGUUUUAAGAUUGUGUCUGUUGCCUGUAAUAUGAAGUGUCAGAAGGUUUAGGAAAGCCUCUUGAUUUUGUUUGGCCUGGGUUGCCUUGGUAAAGUGAAAGGAAGUGUGGAGUGCGCAUGGAGCUAGGAAACCAAAGCAAGUCUGUGAGACUGCGCAGUGAUAGAGAAGUGCUGUGGAGAACGGUAGAGCAGGGAUGGUCCCUGGGGCCUGCCAGUGUGGAAAGGGUUCAAGUCAAGGGCUGUUCCUCCAGAUCACGUUAAAUGUGAACUCCACACUUGAGAGUCUUUAAAGGGUUUCUAAGUGUACAGUGUAAUAGUGUUUUACCACCAACUGCCUUUGUUCCUAGUUACUGUAACAAAUAUUUGAUGAUAGAGGUUAUUAAUUUUGUUUAUCCAAACCAUUAAUUUUAUUUGCUUUUGUUUUAUAUAAUCAAAUAAAAUUCAAAUGCCAUGCAUGGUUAUUUGGACCAGAGGAAAGUGCCAUAGGAGACCAGCAGCUGUUUUUAGUUGAGGCUAGUCUGAAAACUUUUAUUAGAGCAAUAUUCAUUUCUCAAAUUCAUUUUUAAAUUUCUGAUAUGCAUAAUUUGGGUAUUUUUAAUGUGAUAUGCUUUUUUCUUCAACGUUGACUUAGUUGAGAAUCUCGGACUAGCUAAAACAGCACCUGCAUUAUUUUUACAGAAUGAGUUGAAGCAUUUCCAUUCUAGUCAGAAUAGUCAGCACUUUUAAAACAUUUGAACUCAGAGAUUGCACUUCUUUCAGGCUGUUAUCAAUUGGGUAUUGUAUAGUUUUCAUAAUUUUGAUUGAAACCCUUUAACAACUCUUUGUAAAUUUUAACUCAUUUUAGUUGAUUUUUCAGUACUAUUUACAUAGGAAUUGAUUUUUAUGAAUAUAGUAGAAGAAAUGUGCUGUAUUUUGAUAAAAUUCACUUGUAUGUGUUGUAAUCUCUAAAACAAAGAAUGACAAACAGCUUCUUUAA